AUGAUGUCCUCCAAGCUGAUGCGGCCAGCUUUCGCCGCUGCUCGUCGCACAGUCCCCAGAACAGCUGUCCGAACUUAUGCUGCGCCGGCCGCCGUUGACACGAAACCUCCAGUGCCUUUGUUCGGACUCGAUGGAACCUACGCAAAUGCCCUGUAUACGGCCGCUGCCAAACAAGGCUCCUUGGAGCCCACAGCCAAGGCUCUCAGCAGUCUAGAACAGAUCUUCAAGACCGAUGCCAAACUCCCCCAAAUUCUCGCCGCUCCCACGCUCUCUGAUACCGACAAGUCACAGAUCAUUGCAGAACUGGAAAAGCACACCGGGGGGUCCGACAAGGCCAACACCGUCAAGAAUUUCCUACAAACGCUCGCGGAGAACAACCGGCUGGGCUUGCUCGAGGGAGUCUGCGAGAAAUUUGGCACUCUGAUGAGUGCAGCAAGAGGAGAGAUAGAAUUGACCGUAACGAGCGCCUCUAAACUUGACGAUAAACUCCUUCGUCGCCUCGAAGCCGCCCUUGCGAAAUCGGAAUACAGCCAGGGCAAGAAACUGAAGGUCGUCACGAAAGUUAAUCCAGAUAUCCUCGGCGGUCUUGUAGUCGAGAUCGGCGAGCGAACCAUUGACCUCAGUGUGUCAAGCAAGAUUGCCCGGUUGAACAAGAUGCUCACGGAGACUGUGUAA